CGAAAUAUCUAAUGCAUUGAAAAUAUUUGCCAUUGUCUGUGGUCCCUUACAUCAUCCUAUCUCCAUGAUCAAGACGGGAUUUUAUUAACAUUUUACUUUUACAUUGUCGAUAUAAGUCAUAGGUUAACAGUCGGUGAUUUGAAGUCUUUGAAAGGUUGUGCCGUGAGUGAUAUUGAUCGAGUCAUAUUGUGAUAAAAAGAAGUAAAACACCUUUUAGUGAAGGAUCAUUUUAGCACGUGAACAGACAGUUAUUCCGUUAAUCAGUGACUCAUUGCUGCAACAAACACUUUGAAAAUACGUUUUGGGGGGAGACGAAGCCCAAACGAAACAUUAUUUAGAUUCAAUAACAAAUAAAUCAUCUGAUUAUGAAGAAUAAACACUGAGCCUAUCAACAAGCCGUUGACAAUGGGCACCUUCAUUUUGAGAUGAUUCAUAUUUAAAUCACUAUGCCUCCAGUGACCUCUCAAGAACUGCCACUGAACAUUUAUGUCGUCAUCUUUGGCACUGGGAUAUUUGUGUUCGUCUUAAGUCUCAUAUUCUGCUGCUUCUUUAUAAGUAAACUGAGACAUCAGGCUCGAAAUGAGAGAGCUGGUUACACAAUGGUUCUAUUCAAAGACGAAUCAACACAGUUACAUGGGCAUGGGCUAACAUGUGCAGUUUGCUUAGAGGAUUUCAGGACAAAAGACGAGCUUGGGGUGUUGCCAUGCCAACAUGCAUUCCACAAAAGGUGUCUGGUGAAGUGGCUUGAAGUGAGAUGUGCUUGUCCCAUGUGUAACAUUCCCAUCAGUGCCGCUCCGGGUCAAAAACAGAGUCCCGGAAACCUGCUUGAUGAAUUGCUUUAAGUUUCCAAAAAAUGUGUACAAGCCAAACAAAUGACUUUUAUUUGAAAGCAGUAUUGUUGUAAAUGAUCAUGUUUGGAGUGUUUUGUAAAUCUGGAUUAAAAUCAGAAUGUUUACAUACCA